CUUUUGCGCAAAGAACAUAUCAAAAAAAAUUCGCGCGCCGCGCGCAUUUCGGGAUUGUUUUUUUUUCUAUACACAUAUAUAUACAUAUUCAUUGUUUUGAAUGCAGCCCGCCUAUCCCGACAGAUCCCGAAGAAUGGAGUGACACAAGACCAACCUGACCACGCCUGUGUGGUUGCUUCUCAUCCGCCAUUUCCGCCCUGAUCGAUUGGUACAAAUUCCGAGGAGGGAAGCAGACACUCCUGAUCAUGGCUGGUCCGCUUCUCCAUUUUGAUGCAAAACAUUCACGGCGUCGAUGGAUCAUAGCCAUUCUGAUCUUCGUGGUAUUGGCCGCCCUUAUCACGACUCUUACGCACUACCGACGAGAUCACUAUGGCGAACUUAGGUUUCCCACUUCUCACGCUGAGCCAGGUUUUGCUAAGGACCUUCGUAUCGAGGAAUUCAUCAAGCCGGAAGGCGUCAAGAUCAUUGGCCUGGUCUUUUUUGGCAGAAAAAACCGUGUCGAGAUAUUGCGAUGUUUCCUGGAGCGCAAUCUAGUUGAUAACGGCGGCUGGCUCGACGAGGUCCAUUGGGUCAAGAACACGGGCAAAAAGCCCGACUUGGCAUAUCUUGACGAAAUCCUCGCGUCCUCACCACGCUAUAAGAAAAUCGAGCUCGAGGGCGUCGGCUUCAUCGGCUACGGCUACGCCUGGUCUCAUCUCGAACCGGGCAAUCUAUACGUCAAAAUCGACGACGACGUAGUCUGGUUAGCUGACGACACCAUCCCGCGUAUGGUCACUAUGAAACUGGCACAUCCCGAAUACCUCCUCGUCAGCGCCAAUGUGAUCAACUCGCCCUUGAUGGGUUGGGUCCAUUAUCACAUGGGCGCCUUGCACCCAUACCUUCCCGAAUUCGACGUCUAUGAUCCGCCGUUACUCGACGCCGUCGCCUCGCAUAAUCGCAAGCCGUGGCACUAUUCCACCUAUCCCUACUGGACCGGCCCGGACGAUUAUUACUUCGACAUGUACCAAGACCCACCGUACGAUGGACACCGCUGGCUGAGAUUGCAGAAUGACUCGGCCAUUCAUCGCACGCCAGUCAGUGAGAUCGAGUACAAGACGUGGGGCACAGGUCUGCAAUCGUGGGCCAUUGCUGCACAGGAACAUUACGCGUUCCUCGAAAAUCUUGCAGACGGCCGCCUCGAUCGAUACAAGAUGGGAAAGGCCUGGUUAACUGACUACCGCCGGCUGAGUAUUAAUUUCAUCACUCUUUGGGCUGACGACGUGCUGGACAAUCUGCCCAUGGACACGGUGGACGAGGAGUGGUUGACUAUCAACUUGCCCAAGAAGCUAGGUCGCAGCGUCGCUGUCGAGACGGAUGCGCUUGCUGUGCAUUUCACCUUCGGCGGGCAGGGGAAGGUCGAAAAGACAGAUUUGCUACCCAGAUAUCGUGAUUACGCUCUGGAAAAUGCCUGCGCCAGGCGAGUAUGAGUGACGACAAUUAUAAAUGGAGGCCAUCGUCCAGCGGUUGUUGAUUUCUCCAGGGUUGAAUUGGAUUUUGCAUAACAACACAAGCAUUACGAGUGCUCCACAAUUCCGGAGUCAGUUCCAAGAACCCCGAUAUGUCCAGCCUGCAGAUUCUUGAAUUUGAGGUCUCGAAUUUUGACAGCUAGAUAAGACAACGGGGCGCAAUGUUGUGUGCACACAGCCGAGUUGGCAUCUGACUUCACCUCCUCUACAAGUGCUGCAAAGCUCCCGCUCAGUUCAUUUCCGCCCACUGCCUCUCCACCUCAUCAGCGA